AUGUCCUUUGGGUCAAGCGUUACAUCAUACAAGGGCCACACAAACAGCUAUCCCUUUUAUGGGUUAAUUGUGAUUCCAACAGUCGCGGAGAAGAUGACAUGCGCGCUGAAGUGUCACCUGGAUCGCUGUGAAGCGUUUGUGGUACAGGAAGACGUUGACUCCUUGAUGUGCAAUUACCUGCAACCAAACAGUAACCCGUAUGGAGACCUGUACAUUUCUAGUGAUAUCGGGAUGUGUCACUUUCUACCGGCGGGAAGUCCUUCUGAUGUGUACACUAUAACAACCAGCGACUUGGCCACGACUGAUGUGUUUUGUGACAUGGACACAUUGGGCGGUGGAUGGACAGUCAUACAGAAUAGAUUUGAUGGAAGCCAAGACUUUUACAAAACGUGGGAAGAAUACAAACGAGGAUUCGGUUCUCCGUAUGGUGAAUACUGGAUUGGGAAUGAUAAUUUAUACAAACUAACCUCAUCAGGGUCAUAUGAACUUCGAAUUGAGAUGGAAAAUUCUGCAGGUGUAUCGAAAUAUGCAACGUAUUCAACGUUUUCCGUUUCUUCUGAAAAUGAAAACUACACCCUGACUAUUUCGGGGUUCACGGGAUCUACGUAUAAUGGACUAGAAAUCCACAAUAACAAGCCGUUCAGCACCAGAGACCGUGAUGAUGACGAUUUGGAUAUAAACUGUGCAAUUAUCAAUCAAGGAGGAUGGUGGUACAUGCAUUGUCACAGGUCCAACCUGAAUGGCCCUUACAGACCGUCGUCUGCUCAGGACAGCAAGGCCAUGUCGUGGUUAGAUUUUGAAAGCGGCCAGGGUUUUGCUGCUCUCAAAUCUUCAACCAUGUUGAUACGUAGGACAGAUAUAUAA